UUUGUUGUGCAAUUUUAAAAUUAUAAUUAGAUAAAGUAAAAUUUUAUCUAUGAAAAUAAAUGAAACACUUAUGAAAAUAAAUAUAUAUAAAUAUUUAUAGAUUUAUAUAUAUAUAUAUGUAUAUAAAUUAUUAAAUCGAACUCGAAGAUUUUAUUAGGGUUUUGCGCAUGAACGGGGUGACAUGCCUUAUGUUCAGUUUAAAACAUCGCUUGUAAUGCUAUGCGUAUAAAAAGAAAGACGGAUCAACUCACAAUGGUCGUACUACUUGUAAUAUGCGCGUGGAGUUUCACAACUAUGUAUUUUCUUUGGAGAAGAACCAGAAAAAAAGAAAUUUUUAAAAAAAGUGAGUUUCGUGAGUGGCUUAUAUACCCGCAGUGGAACAACUUAACAAACAGCGUUUAUAGAGCGGAACAAAUCAAGAUUAUUGCUGAAAGAACAAGGAUCAAAGUUUAUAAAUCACACAAUGUUUUGCAACAUAGCAAAAAGUUAAAAAUGAAGUCGCCAAGAAAAAAUAUGAUUGACUUUGGUAGAGAAGACUUAGAAGUUGAGGGGGUUGAUGACUAUAUAUUUUGGUACGAAAAUUUUAUCAAUAAUGGAAAUCAAUUACCGAUUCUUCCAAGGCAACAAAAAUGUAAAAAGCCGUUACAAGAUGUGGCGUUUUUAAAAACCCAUUACACUGGAAGCGAUGUCAUAACAAAUAUUCUUAACAGAUACGGCGAUCUUAAUAACUUAAACGUCGCUUUGCCCACUGAUGGCUUAUCUACAUUUUUUUGGCCAUUGAGAUUCCAGUGGAAAUAUAUAGAUAUAACACUUUUAAAUGGUUCGCUUCCGAACAUUAUAGCAAAUCAUGCCCGUUAUAAUAAUGACGUUAUGGACAAUAUACUUAACCCAAACUCGGUGUAUAUCACAAUUAUUCGCGAUCCAGUACGGCAGCUGGAAACUACAUUCAAUAAUUUAGAAUUUGGCGCGCUUUUAGAGAUUGAAGAAAAGGAGGACCAGUUAAAGAUGUUUUUAAAAAAUCCAAAGAUGUAUAUACAAGGCGUGAUUCAAAAAAACAGGUUCAAGGAUUCAUUAAAUCUCAUUAAAAACGGUCAGUUUUUUGACCUGGGACUUGCCACCACUGACUAUCAUAAAAAAAACGUUAUAAAAAGUACAAUACAAGAACUUUACGAAAAGUUUACUUUAGUGUUAAUCUAUGAAUACUUGGACGAAAGUCUGGUGAUGUUAAAACGAAAACUCUGUUGGCAAUUGGAUGAUAUACUUUAUCUAAGAUUCCAACAUAAAAACCAAAACACUAAAAAUCGAAUAGCUGUAAGCGACGAGUUAUCAGAGAUGAUCAUGUCUUGGAAUAAAGCGGACGCGUCUCUGUACGAAUUUUUUAACCGGACUUUAUGGGAAGAGAUACGGUUUGAAGGUGAAGAUUUUCAAAAAGAGCUUAAACAAUUUAAAGAUACAUUAAAGCAGAUUGAGCUAGAUUGUGUUGGAGACACUAUUACAAACAAUCAGUUUAUUCUCGAAGAGAUUCCGUCCGAAAAACAACCAAGUAAUUAUUAUUUUGAAGUGAAUAACAGGGAAGCAAAUAACGGAGAUACAUUUUUGAAUUUCGAAAAUCGUAAAACUUUUAGUAAACUUCAAAGGAAAUUAAACCGUAAAAAAAUACGUCUUAAGAACAUCCUAAACAUUCCAUAUUUUAAAAGCCGUAAUAUUGAGCUUCAAAGUAGAUCAAUAAAUAAUCCUAACAUUAGCGAACUAGAUGCGCAAAACAAAACUGAGAUAAUUAGCAACAAAGAAAAUUUAAUUUCAAAUAAAAGACAGAAAGAUGAAGUUAUAAAAAAGAAUAACUUAAUCUCUGACAAAACUCUAAAUUCUCAACAUACUGACAUUAAUAAUAAUUAUGAAAUAGAAAAGGCCGAAGAAAAAACAGAUCUUAAUGACCUAAGAAUAAAAACAACUUUAUACAAAAAAUAUUUUAACAAUGAAGGAUCGGGCAAAGAACCUCCAACGCAAACAAACGUAGUAAAUAUCUUGAACAAACAGGCAACGCGUUGGAACCACUAUUUUUGCAAAAAGUUACUCAUGACGGAAAUUGAGUAUUUAGAGUACUUUAGAAAAAAACAUGCUAAUUCAAAAAUUCAUGUUGCAAAAUGAUUUCAUCAUGGCUUAUUUUUUUCAUGUUACACAUACAUUGUACAUUAAGGUGGUAAAAAAAAAAGUAAUAUCUCUUAAUUUGCAA